AUGUUUGAAGUAAAACAUGAAAAUGAUGAAUACAGACCUAUGAGCAGUAAUGAAACAGCCCUGGACUACGAUGAUAAGGUUGAUUUCUCUGAUAACGUUAGUAAUAACGAAAGUGAAGUAUUAUACUAUCAUCAAAGAGACAUUGAUAAUGGUGAAACUAAUAGAACUGGC